CACCUCUUCAUUUGUCUCUGCUUCAGACCCUCUCCCCUCCCUACAGCUCUCUACCCCACUCGGGAUUAUUUGUUGUCUGUGGAGGGUUUCAGAGGGCGAGGGAGAGAAAACUGCCUUCCCUUCUCUCUAAACAGCGUGCACCCCCUACAUACACCCACACCCACACCCACAAUGACGCUUUAGGGCCCAAUUCCUGCAGAACAAAAGGGAGCAGCCUGUUGAUGGGUGGCUACCUGACGACUGCCGCACUGGGCCAUACAGGGCCUUACAGGGCCUUACAGGGCCAGGAACGCAUCUGAACCGUGGCCCCAAGGCCCCUGGGAAGGCCCCUCGGCCUCUCUCUGUUUGCUCUUCAAACCCACAUCCCUGACUCCCUGCUCAUCUCCAUUCUCACUUGACCAUUAGUCACCAAAUCCUGCAGUAUUUUCUGAACGCGGCUCUUCCCUCCCGCCCCACCCCUCCUCUGAAAUUCUGCACAGGGAGCCUCUGGCCUGGUGUGGUCUGGAUCCCUCGAUCUCCUCUCCUCUCUUCUUGCAAACGGGUCCAUCAGCAAGGGCAUCUCAGGGCUCAGGAAAGAUGUGCUCCAUCAAUCAGGGUCUCUCCCUUUAUGCUCCUUCUUCCUUCCCCUGGCUCUUCACACUUAAACUCCAAACGGAAUAUCUUGUCAUUGUCAUUCCAUGGGUCUGGCUUCCCGUUCUCCACCUCGGUCUCAUCUUCUCCAUCUCUCCCUCUGUCGAGUUCUCCCUCCCCUGUGUUCCAGAGUCCUUUGUUCACAGCCCUCCUGGCCCCGGCCUCUCCUUGCUUAGUCGGUCAUUUGCGACACAUCUGUCUCUCCCGCUAGUCCGGGCUUCAGCAUGUGCACGCUGCCUGGCACACCUCAUUGAAUGAGGAUGGAUUGGAAAGCCACCCUCAUCUCCCCAUCCCCUCUGGAAACACCCCUAGAACCCUACCUAUCCAGGUGCUAAGUCUCGGAAGGAAAUUCCAACGAAUUAAUCUACCUGCCAGCACUUGAAUUUUCCCUGCAAACCCCAAAGGUCCCCCCUCUUCCCUCACACCUCAAUUCAGCCAGAAGGUUCCAGGCACCCUCGCCACUUCACUGCUGUGACCGUGUUUCUGUCUGGAGCCUUCAUGUUCACUCUUAGGCAUUCUUGUCACACUUCCGCGAGCGUUUCUAGGACUGUAUUGAGGUCCUUUAUUCUGUGGAAGGUUCUGUUCUUACUGGGGUUCAGGUUGCAUCGACAGCAGUGGGGGUGAGAAUUGGGCUUUCAUGGACUUAAACCUCAGUUAGCCUGAGCUCAGCCCCUGGCAUCCCCAGAUGAGGCCUUCAGCCCCAUUCGUUUGUCAAGGGAGACCUCUGCAGCAAGUGGUCACACUGAAGUCCAGCUAACGUGCGGCAGACUCCAGAGCCAGUGUUCCUACUGCUGCCCACGCCAGCAGCGUGCACACCGCCUCCCCAUGGCAACCCCGCUCUGGAAUCUGGCCAUUCGUUCUCUGUGCCAGGAACCUCGGACUUUUUGGGUCCCAACAUUCCACUCCCCCCUUAAAGGGCUGCCCUUCAGCUGCAUGUCUGGAGAGGAAAGUGAAGGAUCUGGGAGUGGAGGCACAAGAGUCUCUUCACAGAGCCCAUGGAGUCCACAGCUGAGGAGACAACUUUCCACUGCCACAGGGACCCCCUGCCACAGCCCGGCCUCACCCCUGAGAGGCUGCGGGCGCAGAGGCAGCUAUGCGUCGCCUGUGCUGUGUGCUGCGCCUUUAUGGCCGGGGAGGUGGUUGGUGGGUAUUUAGCACACAGCCUGGCCAUUAUGACCGACGCAGCCCACUUGCUGGCAGAUGUGGGCAGCAUGCUGGGCAGCCUCUUCUCUCUCUGGCUCUCUACCCGUCCAGCCACCCGCACCAUGACCUUUGGCUGGCAUCGCUCAGAGACUCUGGGGGCUUUGGCCUCUGUGAUCUCCCUCUGGAUGGUCACGGGCGUCCUCCUGUACCUGGCCUUCAUCCGCCUGCUGCACAGCGACUACCACAUCGAGGGGGGCGCCAUGCUGGUGACCGCGGGCAUCGCAGUCUGUGCCAAUCUGCUAAUGGCCUUUGUGCUGCACCAGGCUGGGCCCCAGCACAGCCAUGGGUCUAGGGGGGCUGAGUAUGCACCGCUGGAGGAGGGGCCCGGGGAGCACCUGCCCCUGGGGAACACCAGUGUCCGGGCGGCCUUUGUGCAUGUACUGGGGGACCUCCUGCAGAGCCUUGGGGUGCUGGCUGCCUCCAUCCUCAUCUACUUCAAGCCUCAGUGCAAGGCAGCUGAUCCCAUCAGCACCUUCCUCUUCUCUAUCUGCGCCCUUGGGUCCACGGCGCCCACCCUCCGAGAUGUUCUCCGUGUCCUCAUGGAAGGUGCCCCCCACAAUGUGGGCUUUGAGCCGGUGAGGGAUGCACUGCUGUCAGUGCCAGGAGUCCAGGCCACUCAUGAACUACGCAUGUGGUCCUUGACGCUCACGUACCACAUUGCCUCUGCACAUCUGGCCAUCGACUCCACUGCGGACCCAGAUGCUGUCCUGGCCGAAGCCACAUCCCGGCUCUACUCCCGAUUUGGAUUCUCCAGCUGUACCCUGCAGGUUGAGCAGUACCAGUCCGAGAUGGACCAGUGCCUGCGCUGCCAGGAGCCUCCCCAAGCCUGAGCUGGCCCUGCCCUCUCCCCACUGCCAGGCCCUGGCUCAGCCCUAGGCUCUCAGCUGGGCCCUUACCCCUUCCUCUCGCCCUCCUGCCACCUGCCAACUCCCCAGCCCCAAGCCCCAGUGGGCAAGACCAAAGUAAGGGGGGAGUGGGGUGGGAGUUGGGCUGAGCAGGGAAUCAGUGCAGUGGGGGGUGGGGGUCCCAGCUCCCCGCGGUCUGGGGAGCCAUGAGCAUCCUUUCCGUGCAGUUCAUUUGUCUGUGUGGCAGGCUGGCCGCUGGCUGGGGCAUCUGCCUGUCUGUGUGCUGUUGGUGUGCCUAGGCCUGGGGGAGGUCAUCAGGGGCCCCUCCCCACAUGGCCCUUGCUCUGUCUAUGCAGGAGCCCCAAAACUUGCACUUUGUCCAUGUGUUCUGGCCCUGUGGCUUUGUCUGUGUGUGUGUGUGUGUGUGUUUCUUGGUGCUGUGGCCUGUGUCUCUCUGUGCCUGUGUGGCUGCGCUAUGGUCUCUGAGUCUGCACCAUCCAUGUGUCCCUUUGGGGGUCUGUCUAUCCCUCUGUUGGUGCUGUGCCCUGGGCUUUCCCAGAGAGAGGGAGGACUCCACUGCAGCUCCACAAUAAAUGUGUGUGUCACUGCA